GGCGCUUCUAAAUCCACUUCCUUCAUGACAUCAUUAUGGCGUCUGAUUAGUCAAGUUACAACCCGUAACCACCUACGGCACAUGAAGACCGGCUUAGAAAAGAAGUUUUUGUUGGUUUUAAGAAAAUGUCAGUUUCUACAGGAAUGGUAGAAGAGAAGUUAGACCUUCUCAGCUUAACAGACGAUGAAGAAAACGAAGAUUCGGACUACGAACCUGGCUUACCCGAGUUGCAGGGUGUUCUGUCAAAGUGGACUAACUAUUUACAUGGUUGGCAAGACCGUUAUAUUGUGCUAAAAGAAGGAACUUUAAGUUAUUAUAAAUCUGAAAAUGAUACUGCAUUUGGUUGUAGAGGUGCUGUCAGUCUGUCAAAGGCUAAUGUCACGCCUCACCAGUUUGACGAGUGUAGAUUCGAUGUUAGUGUAAAUGAUUGUAUGUGGUACCUCCGAGCUGCCAGUGAAGAUGACCGUAAUCGAUGGAUCAGCGCUAUUGAAUUACAUAGGGUAUUUUGUAGUACUGAGCAAGCUGAAUCUGGUUAUGGUAGUGAAAACAAUCUACGAAGACAUGGUUCCCUGCUGUCUUUACAAUCUGGUACCAGUUUAUCUACUUUAUCAGCAUCAUCUUUUAAGCGAGGAAGAGGUUUAAAAGAAAAAUUGGCUGAAAUGGAAACGUUCCGUGAUAUACUUUGUCGACAGAUAGAUACGUUACAGAGUUACUUUGAUACUUGUGCAUCUGCAGUGACACAUAAUGUUGUACAUGACUUAUCAGAAGAAGACAUUGGUGACCCAGAUGACAUCAGUGACACUUCCUCUGAACAUCCACCUAGCCAUCAUCAUCCACAUCAUUUUAACGGACCAACAGGCACAGAUUUAGCUUCCAUAUUACAGCAGCAUGGAGGCCAUUCUGUGGAUUUUAAAGGAGAAGCCUUCACAUUUAAAGCCACGACGGCUGGAAUCAUCGCUACUUUAUCUCACUGUAUUGAUCUCAUGGGACAGAGAGAGGAAGCGUGGAAGAAAAAACUUGACAAGGAAAAUGAAAGACGGAAGAAAACUGAAGAAAAAUUUAAGGAACUCUCAGCAGAGCAAAUGAAACAGCCACCAAGACUUGUAAUAGGGGGACCAGAUUUUGAAGAAGGACCACACUGUCAGAUAAAAGAAGAUGAAUUUUAUGAUGCUGUUGAUGCUAGUCUUGAUAAACUAGAACAGAAAGAUGAUGAGAAGGUACAGAUAGGACUGGUCAGUCAACCAAAGAUAUUGUUAGCUCCAAGUCACAGACUGUAUGAUGAGAUUAAUAAGAUAACAAAUGAACAUAUAGCUAGAAUGUCUGAUCAAUCAUCAGACGGAGACAGUCUAUGGAGAUGUAUAGCAGAGGACGGAGAACUCAAAGUAUAUACCAGAGAAAUAGAAAUAGAUGGUGUAGUGUGCGAUCCACUGAAGGCUUGUCAUACUGUCAAGGGAUUUACUGGUCAUGAAGUCUGUCACCAUUUCUGGGACAUUGAUGUCAAGAUGCACUGGGAUUUGACCUUAGACUCAACUGUAGCAGUAGAAUGGCCUUCAGAAGAUACAGUUAUUUUACACAAUGUUAUUAAACGGGUGUGGCCAGCCUCACAAAGAGAUGCAUUAUUCUGGUCUCAUAAACGACACCUACCUGGACAAACAGAUGAAACACCAGAUAGAUGGAUAGUUGUUAAUUACAGUACAAAACAUCCUAAAAUAUCUGAUGGAAAAUAUGUGCGAGUUACAAUGAAUGUUGGAAUGAUUUGUCAAACCAUUAUAGAGCCACCAUCAGAAGGGGAGAUAACCAGAGAUAAUAUUACAUGUAAAAUAAGUUAUACAGCUGAUGUAAAUCCAGGUGGCUGGGUACCGUCUUCUGUAUUAAGAGCAGUAUACAAGAGAGAAUAUCCAAGAUUUCUUAAGACAUUCACAGAAUAUGUAAAGAAAGCAACAGCUAAUAAGCCUAUCAUGUUCUAAUUCCACUACACCUUCAUGUUUGGUGCCUUUUUAGAGAAUAUAUUUUUAUGGACAAUGUCUAAAUUUUAUCAAUGAAACAAAUUGUUAAUCUUAAAAUGGAGUUAUCAUCAUUAAUUAACUUUAUGUAUUAUUUUCCCUGUUAGAAAUCCUUAAAUUUUAGAUACAUAGUAGUGUAUUUUUGCUUUAACAUGAUUCCUUCUGUUCCGGUUAAAAGUUUUAGUUGUUGAAUAUAUCAUUUGAUAUUGACAUGAUUUCUUGUUCAUUUCCAAACUUUACAUUUUUGAGUUUGGAUAGAUUGUUGAAAUGUAUGGUAUGUUGGUGCAAUUUUUUAUACAGUGUCGGUAUAUAUGUUGAUAAUCAAGCUAUUUACUUAAAUCAUAGUAAAACAAUCAUUGUAACUUAAGACAUAAUUUGUAACUCCUGGUUUUACAGUAGAGAAAUAUGUUGUGUUAAAAAGUCUGAUUACAUGUUAUGGAAGGUGGCAGAUUCCUAAUUUUAUGAAUUUUAGAUUUUAAAUUCAGUUUACUUUAGAAAUUCAUACAACAGUAACUAAUAAAUUGUUUAUAUUUCAAGGUAAAUAUUGAAUUGUGUUGAAUUUUUUCAGCCAUAUAUUCUACUUUUAGGGUUUAUUAUUAAAUAUUUAAGGAAUAUGAAGACUGAUAACUACAAAAAAUUAAAAGAAAAAAAAUUGUAAUAAUAUUCGACAGCUAAAUUAU